UCACAUCACACAGUACAGUACAUGCACCUGUGACACAAACCAUUCUCCACUACAACCCCCGGCGAGAACAGACGUGCGUGCAAAAGUGAAAGGAGAUCUCACCUCUAGGACCCUCCACACUAUAAGGCUUAUAAUCAAGACACAUGCACCUGUGAUAGGAUCAACCAUAAUGAAUGGGAAUGGAAAUGAGAUGGCAACCAGCGAAGAAGGAAGUACAUCAUACACUUUAAAAUGGGCAACUGAUAAAGCAGGCGAAUUACAUAAAGCAGCCAAUACUCUGGCACUCGAGAAUAUGUACGAUGAUAUGGCCGACAAAUAUGAUGAGAUGGCUAAUGCUCUGGAAUACAAUGGAGAUAGGCUGACUGCUAACGCCCUGAUCGGUCUGAUACCGAAUCGAGAUAUGAGAAUACUCGACGUAGGAUGUGGAAGUGGCCUGCUUGGAAAAGAGCUUUUUGAUAAAGGAUACCGCGAUAUACACGGUGUAGACAUGUCAGCUGGAUUACUCAAGGUUCUUGAAAAGAAACAGAUAUACACCAAGCUUGUGAAAGCGAGAUUUGAUCCAACCACACCUCUUGAAUAUGCAGAUGGUUAUUUCGAUGUGAUAGUUAGUUGUGGUGUUUUUAUACCAGCCCAUCUCACUCACACCUGUCUACCAGAGAUUUUCCGUCUUCUUAAACCUGGUGGAGUUUUUAUCACCACCACCAGGAAGAAUGUUUUUGAUGAAGAGCUUGGGGGCAUCAAACUGAAGUCUACCUUUGCUGAUCUGAUAGAAAAGGGUAAACUCCAGAAGAUAUCUCAUGAGGAGAUAGAGUAUCUCACUGAUAGUGAAAAAGAAGUUCCGGGCUUGAUAUUAACCUACAAAAUGUUGUGAAAAAGGUUCUUUUAUAGGAGCGUUUGUCGAUUAGAUUGAAGUACAAUCCACAAAUGAGUCAUGUACGUUAAUUAUAAUAGUGGUAUUAUAGAUGCACUUAUAAACCUCAGCUGCCAUUGCAUUAUAUUAAUACACCAGUUCUAACUAACCAUGUUGAAACGCCAUAUUGGCGCUAAAGCAGUCAACGAAUAAAUCGAUAUGCAUGUGUAUAUGUAAUAGCUAUAACGGUUAAAAACUUGGAAAUUAUGAUAAAAUGCUUUGUUAUUUUUGCAAUUUGAGAUACAACUCAUUAAAAUAGAAUUAAGAUUACCUUGAUUACCUGAUAUUCAGCUAAGACAAUCUUUGUGUUUAGGAUAGUAUUUUAGGGAUUUGUGAGAAAUCGUGAUAAAUCAGCGUCGUUAAAACGCCGGAUUUUCGAGGAUUAUUUAUACACAGGAUGAAUUUUAGCAUAAGUGUCGUUAAAUUGUCUUAAGUAGUAGGGAUAUUCUUAAUGGGUGAAGUGCUCGCAGACGUGCAAUUAUGUACUCCAUACUUAACACGAAUUUCAGAAGUUUAUUUUGAAGAUAUUAAAUGAAAUGAAUUUUCUCAGGACUUCAGUGUCAUCCUUGGGUGUCGAUAUAUAUCCACCCAAUGGCUUUACACUUUGAGCUUUAAAGAAUGAAAUACAGUAAUUAUGAUGAAAUGUCCACGUUUUUUUUGUGUAAAUGACAAUAAUCGUUUUAGAAUUUUCCCCUCCCUAUAACUAAGCGCUUUGUGUGUGCAAUGUCUAUUUUACCACCCUUUUGAAUAUAAUUUUUUAGUAAUCUUUAUUCAGCUAUAUGAUUAAAAAAAAUAUCUAACAGUCUUAAGAAGGUACUGAACAUUUUCCACUUUAAGGUGAGUAUAUUAAAAUGAAAUUGCUGCAUUUUUUCUAUUUAUCUAAUUUUCAACGAAUAUGAAUAAAUAAAAGUUCGGGGUUCGAAUCCCAGCACUUGCACCUACGUCCAAGAGUAAUGCAUUUUUUAAAUCUGCGUAACUGUUUUAUCUAAAAUCCUAAAAGCCUAAAAUCAAAUAAAAGUGCAGGAUUUGAUAACAUUGAUAACAACCUUUUACAGAAAACUAUGAAUUAUAUAAUUGACCCUCUUAUUUAUAUAUUCAAUUUGUCAUUAUCAUCGGGAAAUAU